AGUGUUUUGAGGUUACUUUGUUGAGACUUUUUAAGACUUUUGUGAAUAAUUCGUUCUUGCCCAUAUAAUAGAGCAAAGAACUGACGUUGGGGUAUUUCACUGUAGCACUUCCAGAGUUUUCCUCCUUUUCAGGCCAAUAUGUCUGCAGAUAAACCUAAGGUAUACCAGGGUGUGCGUGUGAAAACCACAGUUAAGGAGUUACUGCAGAAGCACAGAGCCCUGCAGGCACAGAAAACCGCUACGAAAUCACAAGCCGUGGCUGCUCGCGAUGUCUGCUCUACGACCAUGAAUACCCACCUUGAUGUCUUUGGAAUGCAAGCUCCAGAGCCUUAUUUCCAGACUCGUCCCUUUACAGAAAAUGUCAACAUCCCUAUGGAAAAUGCUUAUGAUCAUCAACAGAUGAUGCAUAUGAUGCCACCUGAGACUUUCAGCGGCAGUAAUUUCGUGUGUCCCACAUCUGCGCAGUGGUCUAAUGGAUAUCUACCUUCUAAUACGGACCUCUAUGGUACCAGCCUGGUUUCGAGGUCACCCUCAGACUCCUUCAAUCUCCCCAGUCCCGUCGACUACAACAGUUACUCUCCCCCUCAGUCCAACUCUUCAUCUUCUUCGUGCUACAACUCCCCAACACGGAUGGAUUUGAGCUCAAGUUUCUCUCCUGAAAAUUACCAUUAUCAGCAUUGCAACCUACAGCAUUGCUUUUGCCUGUCGCACUGGUCCAAUGUGCAGGAAGGCAUGGCAACUUCAGAGUUUGCGCCCUACGGCUCAUCAGACUGUUUGUAUUCAUAUGGCGACGACAGCUAUUUCAGAAGGGAUACUUCAAACUCAAACAUGUGUUACUUAUAAAAUGCAUUUUGAAGCACUUUGCGCGAAAAUCCAGUGUCAUAAUUGAUUAAUUCGAAUGCAUUUGUUACUUUAGAUAAAGGAACAAGCAGUGAUAGAAUGCAUGAUUGGGCUUAGUUUAGUUGUUUGAGCAAAAAGGUUGAUUGCAGAGAGCUAAAUAUGUGUGAGUAUAAUUUACAAAUUAUUCAUUUAUCUUUUUUUUUUUUUUACAAUAAACAUAUUUUUCGUAAUUUUACUGGUAUCUUUUAUUAAAAAUCCUUACAGUAUAUUACUAAUGGGGAAUAGCUUAUAUUUCAGAUUUGCAGGGUGCAGUUUCUGUUUCUCACUCUAGAAAUGAAAAUCGGAGCUUUGACAGUGUUUCUUCUUCUUUUUUUUAAUAUUUAAAAAAUAAAUUAAACGUUUUUAUAUAACCAUAUAAAUACUGCUGUGGCACAAUUAUUGUUUUGCAUAUCAACAUUCGACAUGAGGAAAAAUAGAAUAAAAAAGCUGAAUAAUAUGUUAUUUUUGAUAGUCAACAUUGCAUUUAUUAUAGGUCCUAUAAGGAGAUGUUAUCGAUUUUCUUUGCUCCUAAAAGUCAAUUUACUGAAAAGUUUAUUUGCUGCUUUUUUUUUUUUUUUUUGCCUGCAUUGGAUUUUUCAACUACUUUAAUGACUAAUCUCACAAAAUUAGGUAGAAAUCACAGAAUUAUUGAGACAUGUUCAUUCGGAGAAGUUGUUUCCUAUUUAUAUGAAUAUAGAUGAUUUAUCUUUGAUUAAUCUUUAAACAUCGUGUCACACCACAAGCAUUAUCAUUAUCACACACUUUAACGAAAAGAUAAAAUCGACAGAAAAUGCAGCCCCGUUAAAUUACCUUCAAAUAAAGACAAUAUGAAUCGCGCAAUUUGCCUAUAAUGUAGAGAUUUUGCAAGAGGUUCAAAGUUCUACAUGCAUGAAUGGUAAACUGGAUAAGGACAAUAGCUGUAACUUCAUAUGAAAUGCGAUACGGUAAACAGUGCAUAUAGCCUACUCAAAGGAGGUUUUAAGCUUGUGUUCAGAAAUUCAUUAAAGAACAUAAAUCAA